AUGGGAACAGAGCUUCAGUACUCCCGGAACUUCUUCGCCUCCUUGCCCAGGAGCCACGGCAGCCCGUUGACCGUGACUUUUGAGACUCCUGAUGAUCGUCCGUCUCUCAGGGACGUCCGUCGGAAGGAGUACCCCCGCCCGCAGCCGCCCAUGGAUGGGCUUGGAUGCGUCAAAGACUCCUUGAAGAAGACCAUGCUGGAGCAUGAAAAGAUAUUCAGAGAUCAGGUGAGGUCUUCGCCGAACUUCCCACUCCCUCCUCGCCCCUCGGGGUUCCCAUAAUCCCAUUAAAGCUUAUUAUUUUGACAUAAAUAUAGAACUAGUGGCCCCCUAGUUAUGCCACAUAUUCAGCUCUAUUUUUUCUUGAACAGCGAGAGGUUUCUGGGCUCCUAACUGCUGCCAGUUAAUUCUGACUUCUGCUCAUUCAUUGGGGUGCUCUCAGGUUCGAGAACUUCAUCGGGUAUAUAGAAUUCAGAAGCUGCUGAUGAGCCAGCAGCGGCAGGGUGGCCUCGUGGGGUUAUUCUCCUCUACCCAGUCAAACGACAAACUGAGCGCCGAGAGCUUGCCUUCAUGCUCCGACGAGGAGUGCGACCUUGACUUGACGCUGAGCAUCGGACUCGGCGGUGGCAAGAAGGAAGCAAGGAGUGGCUCCCGUUCAGACACCAAAUUUGGGUGCUGCCCGGAAUCGUCUGCUAACAGCACCGGCCGAAGGGCGGCGUUUGCUCCGGCGAGUUCAGACCCAGGAGCGGCCGCCGGGCCUCUUUGUAGGUGUUGA